AUGGCGGGCUUUCCUUCAUCUGGCUCUAAGCCGGAGAAAUCCAUGUCGUCGCGUCUGCUGACUAUGAAGUUCAUGCAACGCGCCGCCGCCUCCGCAGCUGUCAAUGAAUCCCAAUCCCCCGCCGACACGCCCAGCCCCAAACGCCACCGCGCAGAGCAAGAAGCCGCGAGCCCCGCCACCCAAUCAGACCUGGAGGCCAUCUCGGCCGCUCUAGCGGAGGAAGAAAGGCAGCGCAAAGAGGCAGUCAGUCGCAAGGCCGCCGAGGCAGGGGAGUCCGAGUGGGUACUGGAUUUCGAUACCCCCCAGUACGCGCCGCAGCCGAGGGUGGUGACGGCGGAUUCGCUGGACGCGGAUGACAGGAACAUGGUGUCCGGGGGACGGCAGAAGUUUGGGAAUUUCAAGCGCAUGAAGACGAUUACGACGGCGGAUGGCGAAACGAUGACACUCGGCGAGGACGAGGCCGAUGAUGUACUCAAGCAAGAAAAAGAGGAAGCGCAGAAGAACAGAAAGCCCGUCAGGAUAGACAAGAUCACUAGCAUCUCGGGGGCAGGAGGUGUGGUCAAGGACCGGAGUACCGGAUCGCCAUCGCAGUCGAAGAAAAAGAGAAAGCAUAAAUAA